UUGGAGAACUACCCAAUCACUCCGGAGCAGCGGGCAGUCGGCCAUCUAUCUACGCCCGUCCGCUCGGUCGCCACCAGCGGGAAUGACCAAGAUGCUGCGGUUCCUGGGCAACCUGAUCCGGGCCAGGAAUACCCCUGCCAAAGUUCUGGUGGGAUCUCGCAGUUAUGCAGAUUUUGCAUCUGAAGCAUCGUUUGACAUUAAGAAAUGUGACUUGCAUCGUCUUGAAGAAGGCCCUGCCAGCACAGUUGUCCUGACCAGAGAGGAUGGCCUUAAAUACUACCGGAUAAUGCAGCUAAUUCGUCGUAUGGAGCUUAAAGCAGAUCAGCUGUACAAACAGAAGAUCAUUCGUGGGUUCUGCCAUUUGUGUGAUGGUCAAGAGGCUUGCUGUGUUGGAAUAGAGGCUGCAAUCAAGCCAACAGACCACCUUAUAACAGCUUACAGGUCACAUGGCUACACCUACACACGUGGCAUCUCUGUCAAAGAAAUCCUAGCUGAACUGACUGGUAGACGUGGAGGAUGUGCUAAAGGCAGAGGGGGCUCUAUGCACAUGUAUGCUGACAAUUUCUAUGGAGGCAAUGGCAUUGUUGGUGCACAGGUUCCUCUUGGAGCUGGGAUUGCACUGGCCUGUAAAUACUUUGAGAAGGACGAGAUAUGUGUAACUUUGUAUGGUGAUGGUGCAGCUAAUCAGGGCCAGAUUUUUGAGACCUACAACAUGGCAAUGCUAUGGAAAUUGCCCUGCAUAUUUAUCUGUGAGAACAACAGGUAUGGCAUGGGUACUUCUGUGGAGAGAGCAGCAGCCAGUACAGACUACUACAAGAGAGGUGACUUCAUUCCUGGUCUGAGGGUCGAUGGCAUGGAUAUAUUGUGUGUUAAAGAAGCAACAAGGUUUGCAGCAGACCACUGCAGGUCUGGAAAGGGCCCUAUCUUGAUGGAACUACAAACAUACCGUUAUCAUGGACACAGUAUGAGUGAUCCUGGUAUCAGUUACCGUACUCGAGAAGAAAUCCAGGAAGUCAGAAGUAAGAGUGAUCCCAUUAGCAUGUUAAAGGAGAGGAUGCUGAACAAGAACCUGUCCAGCAUAGAGGAGCUGAAGGAAAUUGAUGUUAGUGUCAGACAUGAGGUGGAAGAAGCAGCACAAUUUGCCACCACUGACCCUGAACCCGCUCUGGAUGAUCUGGCCCACAACAUUUACCACAACGAAGCAGCGUUUGAUGUUCGGGGCACUAACCCAUGGAUCAAGUAUAGAUCAGUCUCCUAAAGGAAUAAUGCCCUUCAAAUUUAUUACGCAACCAACAUGUACAUUCUCAAAUUGAAUCUGAUGGUCAAGUUCAUAAUAUGCAGCUUUGCUUAAAUUUAAUUUUUUGAAGAAAAUUAGGACUUUUUACUGUUAUUUUUGGUUAUUUUAUGUUCACACGCAGUUUAUCAACUCCCAUGAAUUUAUUGUGUCCCAUGAUUUAAUAUUUGCCAUCUUGCACCAGUUGUGUUUUUAAUCGAGGGUGUUCCUGAAGCAGGUCAGGGUUGAUGCUGUUUCGCUAGAUAGUGUCUGAUGUGUAAUAAAGUCAAAAUAAGAUUA